AUGCCCGUCGCCGUGGGAGAUGCCCCGGGCACGGCCACCAUGACCGGGGAGCGGUGCCCAUCACCGGGGGAGAUGCCCCGAGCCCGCUCUCCCCGGCCGGAGGCGUUCCCGCCGCAUCCCGGGAUCGACCGGACCCCGCAUCCCGCCGCGCCGGGCUGUAUCCCCGCUCUUACCACCCCCAAUAAGGGCGACCUCGUUCCCCCCUCCCCGAGCCGCCCGUGGCCGGCAGGACUCACCGCCCGCCGUGCCGGGACUGCGGAGGCCGGGAAGGUUUCAGAAAGCUUCUUAGGACACGUCAAGACAUUGGAGUAA